AUGGAGACCUGGGAGGGAACUGAACUCUGCUUUCCACAACUCCUCAACACCUCCUGCAGGAAGCCAAUGCGUCCUCACUUUGAGACAAUGCUGAAUUACAUUCUGCUGUCCUCCAUCUCUCUGCUCACUGCGGCUCUUAACCUGCUGGUCAUCAUCUCUAUCUCUCACUUCAAGCAGCUCCAGACCACCACCAACCUCCUCCUCCUCUCUCUGGCUGUCUCAGAUUUCUUUGUUGGCCUCCUCAUGUUCUUUCAAAUUGUGCUCAUAGACGGCUGUUGGUUCUUUGGUGACUUCAUGUGUGCUGUGUAUCAGUAUCUAGCAUAUAUCGUUACCUCUGCCUCUAUAGGAACCAUGGUGCUCAUAUCGGUUGACCGAUAUGUGGCUAUUUGUUAUCCUCUCCAUUAUUCCACCAAAAUAACACUAACAAGAGUUCAAGUCUGUGUUUGUCUGUGUUGGAUAUGUUCUGUAAUCUCUCAAAGUCUGACUUUAAGGGAUGUCCUGAAACAACCAGGCAGGUAUAACUCCUGCUUUGGACAGUGUAUCUUUGUCAUUGACUACAUUACUGGACUUGCAGAUUUUAUUGUUUCCUUCAUUGUUCCCAUUUCUCUCAUCAUAGUUCUGUAUAUGAGAGUACUUGUGGUGGCUGUGUCUCAGGCUCGUGCCGUGCGGUUUCAUAUUGCAGCUGUCACUCUCCAACAAUCAGGGAAAGUAACUGCUAAAAAAUCUGAACUGAAAGCGGCCAAGAAUCUUGGUGUUGUUGUAGUUGUGUUUCUAAUAUGUCUCUGCCCAUAUUAUUGUUUUGCUCUUACAGACCAGGACACCUUCAUCAAUACUUCUUCUGCUGCCUUUGUAAUAUGUUUGUUCUAUUUUAACUCCUGUCUUAACCCUGUGAUCUAUUCGUUUUUUUACCCCUGGUUUAGAAAAUCAGUUAAGCUCAUUGUUACACUUAAGAUAAUGCAGCCUGGCUCCUGUGAUUCCAACAUGCUGUAA